AUGUCCCCCCUCCUGCAUCCCGUCGCCGUUCUGGCACAGACGGUGACUGCAUUCUGGAGUCAGUCAUUGCCCUGGUUUCCCGGCCACCACCAGCAAUUUGCAGCACACAACGUUGGACAACAGCCGACUACGACCACCGUGGCAGCCGGAAGAACGUCGACGAGCACCGCGCUCAACGUCAGUGCCUCCAACUGCUUCCUCACGCUGCCCAAUAACCCCCUGUCGGCCAACGGCCUGGCUACUCCGUUUGUUCUGGAACCCCCUUGCUCGCAGAGCGUCAAUCUGCAGCAAGCUUAUGUCGAGGCUGCAGUGAUUGACCCGGCCACCGGAGCCGUGUCGAUCUAUCACCCGCUGGUCAUCGAUCAGGGCAAGACUCCUCCCGUCGCCCCCGUCGUCCCCAAGCUGCCGGCCAACGCCAAGGUCGCCCUCUGGUUUGGUUUCAAUGGGAACGUGCUCCAGCUGCUCGACCCGAAUGGCCUGGGCACGCAUCAAUCCUCGAUCCUGAAGGAGAUUGACUGCGUCAACGGCCUGCCCGGCAUGCAGGGCGACGUCUUUGGCCAGGUGAGCUGGUGCAACACGCAACCGUUCUUUGACGCCGCCAACGCCGCCGUCAAGAACGGCCAGCUCGUAAUCCCACCUCUGGGAACUGACCACAACGGCGCCACAUGUCCGACCACACGGUCGUUUGAAAUCGUCGAUGCCUGUCCCUCCGACAACGUGCCGACGCAGUACCUGCUCCUGCCCGACGGAGCCACGGUCCAGGACACGGCUGCCAAUCGGGCCAAGUUCCCCAACGCCAUAGUCAUCAACAAUGCUUCUGAUGAAGCGCUGCUGGCCAACAUGAUCGAUCCCGCCAUCGGCUGCACCCCGUUUCUAGGGCCUAGUCUAGACAACCCGGGCGACAAAGUGCCCGCCUUGGCGCUGCAGGAACUGCAGGCCAGCGAACACCAGCAGGCACCCAUUGCAUUAGUGCCGCUCAACGACCCGGAUUGCCUGCUGACCGCGAGCGGCGCUGUCAGCCCUGCGAAGACGAAUGCCUACCGCUUGGGUAUCAAUCAGCCCUUGUUGACGGACCAGGGACCCGAUUCCGGAGCACUAGAUUUCUAUUGCAAUGGUAUGAUGUCUAUUGCACCGGGCUUUCUGCUCUUCAACGAAGAGGUCUUUGCCAAACAAAAGAGCCCCGCGCCGUCACUCGGCAACAAUCUCUUCACAUUCAUGUGUGCCCGGUACCUAAUGAGCUUGAUGCAGCUCGGCUGCUCGCCCAAUGUUCAGCAGCCCGUCCAAAUCGCGACCAACGGCAUCGGCGUCGCCACUGCCUGCACCAUCCAGAGUGCCGCGGCGACCACCACGGCGAGAACCACAAAAUCAAGGCAGGUGGCUGUCACGAGUGUGGCUGCGUCGUCCGUGACCACCACCACCACCAUGCUAUCGACUCUGGUAUCCGUCAUGAAGCAGUCUUCAACCGCCGUCAAUCAGAUGACGGGCGCCCUCACCCAGGCGACGACUACCAUCGCGGCCGCCAACACAGCAAAGGACACUAACUAUCCCUUCGAAGCCAGUAGCCGGUCCAUGGCGGCAGGCCGGUUCCGAGUAGGUCGUCGGGGUCAGUAA